CUUAUCCUCUGCCUAGCAGACCAAUAGAAAAGGGAAACCAUAUGUGAAGACAAUUAACAUACUCUCUGUGACCGAAAUAGUUGGGCAUGGCGUCGAAACCGCGACCUUCUUCCGCAGCAAUUUUGGGGUCUAGGCCCUUCUCUUCUUCCAUAGCCAAGCCUUCCAUUGCCUCUCUCUCCCUAACCACAGGGCAGGGUUGUGGGAAGAAGUAUUAUGUAGGAAUCGGGAUUCAGGGCAAGAAUGGGAAGUUUCAGUUCCAUGUUGCGGUUAACAAUGUCGCAGCUGACGUUAGCUUCGUUGAGGAGAGAGACAGAGCUUCAGAGAAUGUGUUAAUGGCUUCAACACAAGCACUACGGAUCAGGUCAUCAUCCUCCACAUUAUCACUUUCUUCCAAGAUCUUUGAACAAUCCUUAAUAUUUACAUCUUCACUUGCUCCAAUCAAACAAGCCUCCAAAUUCCCGAUUUCCAAACGCAUUUUCUACCCAAAUCAAUAUCAUUUUUCAUGCUCCUGGCCCCUGUAUGCUACCUUAAAUAGCCCAAAAGGCUUUGGCCCUCCCCCAAAGAAAACCAAAAAGACCAAGAAAUCAAGGAUAGUCUACGAUGAUGAUGAUGAUGAUGAUGAUGAUGAUGAUGGUGAUGACGAUAAUGAACCAGAUGCAGGCAUCAUACCAGAGGUAGUGACCAACAGGAUGAUUAGCAGGAUGGGAUUUUCUGUGGGAAUUCCUUUGUUUAUUGGGUUGUUGUUCUUUCCAUUCUUUUACUACUUGAAGGUUGGUCUGAAAAUUGAUGUACCCACAUGGGUGCCUUUCAUAGUGUCCUUCUUUUUCUUUGGUUCUGCCUUGUUGGGUGUGAGUUAUGGUAUUGUGUCUUCCAGUUGGGAUCCAAUGAGGGAAGGCUCACUCUUGGGUUGGAAUGAGGCUCAAAAGAACUGGCCUGUCUUUUGGCAGUCUCUUUGGGGUAGAUCUGGCAAGAAAUAGGGCUUAGUUUUCUCUUUUGUAUCUUUGCCUAAUUUGUGUUAUCUUCUUUUUCUUCUUCUCUUUCUUCAUUUUCCUCGUCCUGGUCAUGUCAAUGUAUUCUAACACUAAACAGAAUUUUGACAGCCUUGGGUUUGUAGAUUCUUAUAUCAACUCUUCUUUCUCAAAAACCACAUUUCACACCGAGUGAUUUAUACUA